GAAAGCAGAAAUGUGCACUGCUCAAGAAAAAAACCUGUCCUCCGCUCAGGUAUUGCAGAAGCAGCCUCAUUUCCCUAGGAGGCGGACUUCCUCCUGCGGGGGAAUCCCUGGCAGGGAGGAGCAGGGGCCCUUCCUCUUGGCGGCCUUAGGACAUACAGCAGGUGCUGGCACAUGCCCUGGCUGGGAGAUGGGGUGGGAGCUGGCUUGGAGGGGUCUCUGAAUCCAUAGAUGGGAUGCCGGGGACCAGGCACAAGAAAACAUGGGCUCCUGGGGUCCUGGGGAGGAGUUCUGCAGUGGCUGGGGGGCUUAGGGCCGCUUCUUUGUCUCUAUCCAGAGCCUUAUGUAAGAGCUUUUCUUGGGAAACAGGAAGUCCUGCUUGCCAAGUUCAGCACAGGGAGUAGUGCAGGCCUUAUUCCAACACACCCGGCCCGGCCUUAACCCCAGCACCCAGCCAGUUUCUUAUUCCUGGUUCUCUUCUCCAGCGACUCCCACCUCCUUUUCUCACCUUCAAUUGCCCCUAGAAAACUUCCCCAGUGGUCUCUCGCAUGCCUGAGCCAGAGGGUCUUCUGUCCUCAUCCCCUGGUCCUCAACACUGCCCAGCUUGUCCCCCAUCCUGAGCCUGGCACCAUGCCCCAUGGCCAGCCAGCCUUCCCUCCCCCAACACUGGGGCCGCCCCUGGGUUCCUGAGCUCUGGCCGCUCCUCCUGGGUGUCACUGGCAGCCCCGUCCUUCCUAGAGAGACUGGCACCAAAUUCUCCUGAGGCUGGGGGGCGGGUCUCAAGGAGACACUAGCCCUACAGAGGGGUGCCAGGAGCACCUAGAUUACCCCUAGCUUGCUUUCCUCCUCCCUCCUUUUUAUUCUCAAGUUCCUUUUUAUUUCUCCCUUGCGUAACACCCUCUUCCCUUCUGCACCACUGCCUGUACCCCCACCCUCCCUGCCACCUCCUUGCCCCUCCAUUCCUAAAGACACAGCUGUUAGCAGGGUCCUGGGCUCAUGCCAGCCUCGUCUCCUUUCUUGCUAGCCCCCAAAGGGCCCUCGGGCGACAUGGGGGGCCCAGUCCGAGAGCCGGCACUCUCGGUUUCACUCUGGUUGAGUUGGGGGGCAGCUCUGGGGGCUGUGGCUUGUGCCAUUGCUCUGCUGACCCAACAAACAGAGCUGCAAAGCCUAAGGAGGGAGGUGAGCCGGCUACAGAGAAACGGAGGUCCCUCACAGAAGGAAGAAGGGUAUCCCUGGCACAGCCUCCGAGAGCAGAGCCCUGAAGCCCUGGAAGCCUGGGCGAGUGGGGAGAGAUCUCGGAGAAGGAGAGCAGUGCUUACCCAGAAGCGGAAGAAGAGGCGUUCAGUUCUGCAUCUUGUUCCCAUUAACAUCACCUCCAAAGAGGACUCUGAUGUGACAGAGGUGAUGUGGCAACCAGCCCUUAGGCGUGGGAGAGGCCUGGAGGCCCAAGGAUACGUUGUGCGAGUCUGGGACGCUGGAGUUUAUCUGCUGUACAGCCAGGUCCUGUUUCAUGAUGUGACUUUCACCAUGGGUCAGGUGGUGUCUCGGGAGGGCCAGGGAAGACAGGAAAUUCUAUUCCGAUGUAUAUGCAGUAUGCCUUCGGACCCUGACCGGGCCUACAAUAGCUGCUAUAGUGCAGGUGUCUUCCAUUUACACCAAGGGGAUAUUCUCAGUGUCCUAAUUCCCCGGGCAAAGGCGAAACUUAGUCUCUCUCCACAUGGAACCUUCCUAGGGUUUGUGAAACUAUGAUUGUUACAAAAGGUGCUUCUGAAAUGGGAAGACCAGUGGGGGUACACAUUGGAGACAGCCAAGAGCUGGCUAGACAAAAGAUGGGGAAUGGGCAGAAACAGAAGCCUCUACUUGGGUCUGACUUCAUCACUCAGUCCACUCAUUCUUCACUCCCAAUCCUAGAUUUUUACUUAACGGAUAUUAAAGAGGCAGAAUAUCUUGCUUUCAUCUCC